AUGCUCUUCGCUGAUGUCUACAGCAUCAACGUCAACCCCAUCAACAAACCAGCGGCCGUCACCGUUCCCGUCCGGUCCAAGUACCACGUCAUUCCCGCUCAUCAUUCUCUUGCGCAUCUUGCCAGUUUCCCGUUCAAACGUCCAAUCCUCGAGGCCGUAGCAGCGCUUCCAGCGCAUCCCAUCUUCUGCGUCCUGAUACUCGUACCAGAACUGCACGGCAAUACGGUCAUCUGUGAAAGCAAAAAGCUCCUUGCGGAGUCGGUAAUUAUGUUCACGCUUCCAUUUGCGGGUCAGGAACGUGACAAUCGCUUCUGUGCCAGAGAAGAAUGA